GAUAAAGAAUGAUUGAAUGAAUGAAUGAAUGAAUGAAUGAAUACCUUUAUUGCCGAGCUUAAGAACAGACCUCAACACAUGUAUAUAAAGUAUCACGAGUCUAGUCUAACAUAGUAUCGAAUAAAGACAAAGUCAAACCCAAGUCGGCCAUGCAAGCACUCAGCAACAACCGUGACCCCACUUCCGUUCUGUGUAUUGAUAUAUUUUUGUGCAUUGUUAGUUCUCGAGAAAUGCGUUUGAGUGAGAUACAAGCGUACAUGUGUCUUCUCUAUGAAAGUCGAGUUUACGUGUUAGGAAUUCAUAAAAGUCACCCAUUCCUAAUUUCCGUUGCAAACUGGAUAAGCCGUUGAACGUAGUCGAACGUCCCGCUCACUUUUUCCGAAGCGUGCUUAUCGAAAAGAUGUCAAAUAUCUCAAGAUCUAAAUACCUCUGGCUAGCCGCUACCAUGAAAUCAGUAAGUCGAACAUGUGCUCCUGUACGGAAACCGGUCCAAUGUUAUGUUUGAUGGCCGGGAAAGGAGAAAUGUCAGCGUAAAGUUAGAAAAGAAACACAAAUUUUGUAGGUACGGACAAUAGGACACAGACGAGCUGUCUGUGUUUCCGUUCACGUCCGCACCAUGAGUACUUGACGCCAGCUUGACAAGAUGUCGGGUUCAUUUGCACGUCUACCGCAGACUUGUCACGCCAGCAUGUCCGCCGCAGCAUCGUCCCCCAAGAAGGCCAGCAAGCCCAAGAAGGCCCCUGCGGCUCACCCGCCCACCACCGCCAUGAUCACGGCGGCUGUGGAAGCACUCAAGGACCGCACGGGUUCUUCGGUGCCGGCCAUCAAGAAGUACAUCGCCGCCAACUACAAGUUCGACGUGGAGAAGAAGUCUCACUUCAUCAAGCGUGCCCUGAAAGCCUUGGUGGAUAAGGGUACCCUGCUCCAGGUGAAAGGAACCGGGGCGUCGGGUUCCUUCAAAAUCAACGUGGCAGCCAAGAAGGCUGCCGAGAAGGCCGCCAAGAAGACUACCAAGAAGCCGGUCAAGAAACCCGUGGCCAAGAAGGCCAACAAACCCAAGACCACCAAGCCUAAAAAGCCCAAGGCUAAGAAGGCUACCACCCCCAAGAAGGCUACCAAGAAGCCAGCGGCCAAGAAGACUACCAAGAAGACUCCGGCAAAGAAAACUGCUGCCAAGAAAGCUGCCACCAAAAAGACCCCGGCAAAGAAGGCCGCCAAGAAGACGGCGCCCGCCAAGAAGGCGACCAAGUCCAAGAAGAAGUAGAGACCUGACCGUCACAUUUUCUGCAAACCCCGGCCCUUUUCAGGGCCACCCACAUCCUCACAAAGGAACUAUGUCAAUCAAAGUUAUACUUUUUCCACACGAAUGCACACUAUCCUGCUUAUAAAAGAUACAAUGUUGGACACCCCCCCCCCCACACACACACACACUUGUGAAUGAAGACCUUUCUUGUGGACACAUACAAAAACUAAACGAUAAUUGACACAUAACAUACGUGAAAUGUACUCAAUAUCUACCAACACAAAAACUAACGAAUGAGCACACGCACACACGCUAUCAGAAUAUCGUUACAGAAGACGUCGCCGAUAUUGACGAUAUUUACUUAUCAACCCAAAACUUGACUGUGCAGAAAUGUGUCUCGUUUAAACUGCUAGACGCACUUGCGCACAUCACUUGAAAUGUCCUCUUGUAUCCAAUAGCCAUAUGCAUUUCUUUAGUAUUCAAGUUCAGUACCCUUGCCCCAUUCAUCUGCGGGAGCCCCAAACGUGCCGAGCUUGCUGCAAAAAUCGGAUCCUGGAGCCACGAAAACCGACCAAUGGCAAGGUCUAAUUUUGGCAAGAGAACCAAUCAGACGCCAGAGUGGCGGCCAAUUGAAAUCUGCGGACAUCUAAUUAGCGGGUCUUAUAAAUUCACACUCCGCCGUGCGCCGACUACUUUCAUUGUCUCGCACUUGAGCUUCGACAAAGUUCGACAU